AUGCUUAAAUCAGUGGCUCUGCAGGAUCCAGCUGAUCCUCAACAGGGUCCAUCCGUCCUCGAGACAGCAGCUCAGCCGGUUCCAGCUGAUCCUCAACCGGGUCCAUCCGUCCUCAAGACAGAUGCUCUGCAGGAUCCAGCUGAUCCUCAACCGGGUCCAUCUGUCCUCAAGCCAACGACUCUGCAGGAUCUAGAUGAUCCUCAACCAAAUCCAUUGGUCUUCAAGCCAACGGCUCUGAAGGAUCCAACUGAUUUUCAUAUUCCAGAUCUAAAAGAUGAAACUAUUCCAUAUCAGAAACUUUAUGAAUACAAGAGGUUAAUUGGAAGAGGUGGCAAUGGCUCUGUGUAUGAGGGGAUCCGGAAAUCUGAUAACCAGAAGAUUGCCAUGAAAUUCAUCCGGAAGAGGGCAACAGACAAGUAUAUUAAAAUUCCUGGGUGUGCCGAUCCAGUGUUUGCAGAAGUGGCUAUCAAUCUGUUGCUGAAACAGCCUCCGUUAAAUCCCAACAUUGUGUAUAUGUGGGAAUGGUUUGAAGAGAGUAAAGAAUACAUCCUCAUUCUGGAGUAUCCGCAUCCCUGCCAGAGCUUGCGCUUAUUCCUCGAGAACAACAGGCCUCGACUGAAUGAAUCACAGGCAAGUGACCUGAUGUUCCAAGCAGUGCUCGCAGCAAAGCACUGUCUUGACCGGGGAGUCUUCCAUUGUAGCAUCAAACCUGACAACAUCCUGGUCAAUACAGAGACAAUGGAACUUACAUUAAUAGACUUCAGUGGCAGUAGGAUUGUCAAGUCUUCUGGCCACACAAGAGAACAUCUAGGUGAAUUGGCAGUAAGCUGUAAUGUAAUAUGUCAGUCUUCUGUGGCGAUUUAA